AGCGAGUUCAAUCUCGACGGCUUCCCUGCCUUCCACUACACUCGCAGAGUCGCAGGCAGUCACUUUGCGGCGAGACGCUUGUGUCGCUCCUUUCCACCCUCAGUCUCAGUCCUCUCAUGAUCUCAUUCCCCAAUCGGCGACAUUUCCAGCAAUUUGGUAGUUUCCCACGCAGGCUGCGCGCAAGCAACCAUCCCACCCCUCUUCCGCGGCAGUCCACUGCCUCCCGGAAAAUCCCACCUCGCUCCGAUCCAACCCGUCCCCGCAACCAGCGCAGCCGCCGCGACGGGGUCCGACUCCCGGCCGAUCUCCCGCCUCCACCAGCGCCACGGAUUGCCAGCAUUUCCCCUUGCUACCUGACACCCGCAGAGAGCUAAAAUAGCUCUCCUGGCUAAGCAAGCUUCCCGGGGCAUGUGCCGAUAAGUGUUCUACCUGGAAGGGCAUGAUUCUGGAGUUUCCUUGAGAAAGGGAGUAAGUGCUCAAGGAUGGCCUCAAGGGCUAUCAUCAGGAGGAGGAAUGACAUUCUACGGCACACUCAUGUGCCUAUUUUGUCCCCUUCAUUCACUAGCACAAUUGGGCAAGGACAAUUUGAUUGUGAGGUUGAUCAUCAAAGAUCUGUAUGUUACUUUUCAAAGGAAAGUUUAGCAGAUUCUAAUCAUGCUAUGGCACAUUGUACUUUAAAUAAGCGAAAGCUUUGUCAUCUCAGUAGCGGUUUCGCAUGGCAUCCAGCUUGUGAGGUUUCUCUUCCUACUUAUGGUUCUAGAGCACAGAACUUUGUAUUCCCAUUGGGAGUCAGGUGUUUCCUGCAGUCAGUCCGCACCACAUCAAACACAACUGCACAGGGUCAAGUUCAUAUUAUGGACAAGAAGAGUGAGGAUGAGAAGCAGAAGCAACAAAAAAAGGAGGCAUCCCCUGAAGAAUGUGAUCAGGCAGUGGAAGGAUUAAGCACUGCAAAAGCGAAAGCAAAAGCUAAGCUGGAGGAAGUGCAAAAGACUGACCAAUCAGUGGUACAGAAAUUAUGGGCAAAGCUUCUUGGUAUUGGCCCUGCUUUACGAAUUAUUGCUUCAAUGAGCAGAGCUGAUUGGGCUGCAAAGUUGAAGCAUUGGAAGGAUGAAUUUAUUUCUACACUGCAGCAUUAUUGGUUGGGCACUAAGCUACUCUGGGCAGAUGUUAGAAUCUCAUCAAGGCUGUUAGUUAAACUUGCUAGUGGAAAGAGCCUCACAAGACGAGAGAGGCAGCAGCUCACACGCACAACAGCAGAUCUAUUCAGGCUAGUACCUUUUGCAGUUUUUAUUAUCGUUCCAUUCAUGGAGCUCUUGCUGCCAGUGUUCCUCAAGUUGUUCCCAAACAUGUUGCCAUCCACUUUCCAGGACAAAAUGAAAGAAGAGGAGGCCCUAAAAAGGAAACUGAAAGCAAGGAUGGAAUAUGCAAAGUUUUUACAAGACACUGCUAAAGAAAUGGCGAAGGAAGUUCAAACAUCACGCAGUGGAGAAAUGAAACAGACUGCUGAAGAUCUGGAUGAGUUCUUGAAUAAGGUUAGGAAAGGUGGGCAUGCCUCCAAUGACGAAAUUUUGAGCUUUGCAAAGCUAUUUAAUGACGAGCUGACUUUGGAUAACAUGAGCAGACCACGGCUUGUUAAUAUGUGUAAAUACAUGGGGAUCCAACCUUUUGGCACAGACCACUACUUGCGAUUCAUGCUUCGGAAGAAACUACAAGACAUUAAGAAUGAUGAUAAGAUGAUUCAAGCUGAGGGUGUGGAGUCUCUUUCUGAAUAUGAGCUUCGACAAGCAUGUCGUGAGCGUGGGCACCUUGGUUUGUUGUCAACAGAGGAGAUGCGUCAACAGCUCAGAGACUGGCUGGAUCUAUCACUCAAUCAUUCUGUGCCAUCGUCUCUUCUAAUACUCUCAAGAGCUUUUACUGUAUCUGGUAAAAUGAAACCUGAGGAGGCCGUUGUAGCAACCUUAUCUUCCCUGCCAGAUGAAGUUGUCGAUACAGUUGGGACUGUACUGCCUUCUGAAGAUUCUGUUUCAGAGAGGAAGAGAAAAUUGGAAUUUCUGGAGAUGCAGGAAGAGCUUAUCAAGGAAGAGGAGAAAAGGCAAGAGAAAGAAGACAAGGCAAAACUGGAGGAGCCAAAGGCUACUGAAGAAGAUUUGGCUUUGAAGGAAAUGACUGAGCCUACUGUUAGGGAGAAAGAGGAACUAAAGAAAGCAAAAACCCACGAUAAGAAAGAGCAGCUUUGUAAUAUCAGUCAAGCAUUGGCUGUGCUUGCAUCUGUUUCUUCUGUUACCAAGGAGCGACAAGAGUUUUUAAGCCUUGUCAACAAGGAGAUAGAACUAUAUAAUAACAUGCUCGCAAAGGAGGGUACAGAUGGUGAAGAAGAAGCCAGGAGAGCGUACAAGGCUGCUAGGGAGGAAUCAGACCAUGCUGCAGAGGCAGCUGUGGGAGAAAAGGUCUCUUCAGCUUUGAUUGAUAGGGUUGAUGCUAUGCUUCAAAAGUUAGAAAAGGAGAUUGAUGAUGUUGAUGCUCGAAUUGGCAAUCGCUGGCAGCUGCUGGAUAGGGACUGCGAUGGCAAGGUGACUCCUGAAGAGGUAGCUGCAGCUGCAAAUUAUCUCAAAGACACCAUAGGAGCAGAAGGCGUCCAGGAGCUUAUCAGCAAUCUUUCUAAAGACAACGAAGGGAAUAUCCUUGUGGAAGACAUUGUGAAGCUGGCGUCACAAACAGAGGAAAACAACGAAGCUGAAGAAACUGCACGAUGAUUUGGAAUAGCAGCCACAUUCUUGGCUCUUAAAACUCGACGGUCCAUUCCUUUUUUAAAAGGAACCGCACAUAAUAAAGCUAGUUCCUGGCAGUCUCAUGCAAAAAUCACCAAGCAGGAUGGUCAUUCUUUUUGUUCUGACUGGCGGCUGCAGAGAAAAUUGUAUCCUGCUGUUGAAAGAUAUUCAUUUAUACAGUUAAGUCCCAGCACAACCGAUCGUUAGGUUAGGAAUUCUGUCCGAAAUGGCAACUUGCAUUUCAAACGUCUGCCAUGAAAAUGAGAAUAAAUUCGGCGGGCUCUACAGAUUUUUCAUCUAUUGUCUGAACAAAAGUAUAGGCAUCAAAUAAGUAUCUGGGUAAGUUUAUACUAUUUGAAUAAGAAUCAGCUGGAUUUGUUUAAAUUCUUAACAAGACCGUUUUAGCAGUUUGACUAUAUGGUCAAUCAAAACACUAUUUUGUAUUGUA